AUGAUUUGGAAAUUUGCCUUGUCCGUUUUCCUGAUGGCAGCGUUGGUUCGAGUAACAGACACGAGGAAAAACCGUCCUGCGGGUGCCAUUCCCUCCCCGUACAAAGACAGCAGCAGCAACCACUCGGAGCGGAGGCAGCAGCUGAACAAGGAAGUGCUGGCCUCCAGCCAGGAGGCCCUCGUGGUCACCGAGAGGAAGUACCUCAAGAGCGACUGGUGCAAGACGCAGCCCCUGCGGCAGACUGUCAGCGAGGAGGGCUGCAUCAGCCGCACCAUCAUCAACCGCUUCUGCUAUGGGCAGUGCAACUCCUUCUACAUACCACGGCAUGUGAAGAAGGAGGAGGAGUCCUUCCAGUCCUGUGCUUUCUGCAAGCCACACAAGGUCACCUCUUCGACUGUGCAGUUGGAGUGCCCUGAGCUGGACCCGCCUUUCCGACUCAAGAAAAUUCAGAAGGUCAAGCAGUGCCGGUGCAUGUCUGUGAAUCUUAACAAUUCGGGCAAACUGUGA